CGAUGGGCAGUGACUUUGGGGGAUGCGCCAACAAGGUCCUGCCGUGGCGUCUUCAGGGUCGUAAGCCGGUGCUGAUGAGCGGAAGGUGCAGCUCGAGAUGGAGAUAACUGGGCGUGGGAUAGAAAAAGAAUUAUGUUCAGACCGGAAAAGCAGUCGCUACAGACCAGGGGCCGUGAGGCGUGUUGUAUUCAAGACAUACAGAUUGCAUGGCUUGAUGCCCGUUUCGUGAAACUGCCUCGACCUCCUGCAUCGCGGCCACUCUCGAAGCCGAAACAUGUCGCUUCGGCAAUCUCGGUCAACGACUCUCGGCUUCGGAACUCCGGCCUGCAUGCAUAUAUUGCUUUAAUCUAUUUGUUGCUAGCUCUUCUGAGCUGUCAACCUCAAUCCAUCAACCAUAUAUUCCACUCAUCUGUCCGUCCUGAAACCAUGGCGGUAGACCAUCGCUUUUGCGGAAAGCUUGCUCGAUAGGGGUCUGCUGGACUCCUUUUACAAUCGACCCUUUCAAUCUAGUGCGUAUUGCUGGGGAGCCGCAACGGCUCUCGUCCACACGCUUCCGUCCUUCGACUGCAAACACUUGAGUUGCGCCUCUGCGUCCUAGAUUUGUUUGCUUUCCCUUCUCUCAAAACUUGCUUAGUCGAUUGAUGAGCAGAUAGUAAGU